CGGCCGCUUCCAACCAACGCAGCGCAACUUUUUGUAAGUAGGUACGUGUCACUGUGUUUUUGUAUAAAAAAAUGAACUUUAUUAUACAAAUUUUCAUAACUUUUUUUUUAUCUAUUAGUAUUUUCUUCGGCUUUCCUGACUUUUAGGAAUAAUUAAUACUAUUUAUAUGUACUCGUCAUAUACUUAAAUACCCACGUCGUGUAAUACAGCAGUAUUUAAAUAAUGACUACGUUCGAAACUACGAAAAUUGAAUUAGUAUUGGAUUGGUAUUGGUAAUUGGUAUGUUUUGGGGGUAUUGGUAUUUUAGUAUAAUAGAUGGAAAAUAAAAAAGAAUUAUUAUUAAACGCGAGAUUAAACAAUUAAAGUGAGUUUCUAGUUUAGUUCAUUGAUAACUAUUACAAAUUGUUAAAGAAAUAUGCCCAAGUAGUAGGUUUGGUGAUAGUCAAUUAAUUAAAUAAGUCUCAGGUGAUUAAAGGUUAGAUCAGGGUAUACAUAUAAGUACACAGUACACCCGAUACUUUGAUUACGAUUAAAUACGUAAUCAAAGAACAUGAUGAGUGAUUAUAAUCAAGAAGGUCCUUCACCUGCUACACUGCACUCACUACUUUUAAAGGACAGUGUAUGUAAUGUAUGUAUUCAAAAUCAAAAGUAGGUAAAAUAAACAAGGAAUCCCCCAUACAAAAUUAAAUUGUUUUUGUAUGGAAUGAGAUCCGAAGUUGUGACACAACACAGUGUUACCGAGCUAAUUGGUUUAACAGAGUAAUAGUAAUUUUUAUCAAUACGUGAACAUUAAAUUUGAAAACAAACCGUACGUUCUCUUUACUUAUUUUUAUUAAUAAUAUCGUUUUCUUUGCAUUUCUGUAAUGCUACUGCCACUCCUGCGUCUUAACGCGUUAAUUAGUGCGCUAAAUUGGCAUUACGCACCUAGCUGUAGAAAAAUGUAAAUUUCCUGUGACAGCACUAAACAAAAUGCCGGUUGGGCUUCGUUGUUUUUUGUUUGUUUUGUCGUUUAUUCAUUUGGUUUUGAUGAACAUCAUAUUGAGUUAUUUAAAAAACUAAUGGCAUUUUAAUUUUUUAACAUCGCUUAUAAGUUCACGUUGAUGUUUUUCGAGAAAAGACUCUGUUUACUAAAUUAUUUUGGAAACGUGUUUUUUGUCCGUGUUAAUUUAAAUAUUUGCUGUUAAGAAAUUUACUCCUCCUGUUUGGUCUUGUUUUUAUUUGUUAAUUUUAAGUUUUUGUUGUUUAAUUUUUGUUGCGUCUUUUGCUAAAAUUUUAUCAUGCCUGAUACUCAUCGUACUUGUGAAGUUUGUGGUAUCAAAGAAAGACAUCUUAAUGAAAAACGGUUUUUCGCAAGGUUUCCUCUGGAUGUCAAUAGAUGUAAAGAGUGGGUAAAAAUAGUUGGCAAAGAAGAUCUGGCUUAUCUCCAAGUACAUAUGCUACAUGAUUUAAAACAUGUUUGUGAAGUACAUUUCUCAAGGCGAGACUUUACAAAAUCAAAGAAGCGCUUAAAAAAACGAGCUGUACCCAAACUGAACUUGACACCGCCACCAUUGAGAGAUGAAAUUCUUUUUCAAUUUUUGCAACUUAACUCACAAGCGGAUGUCACCCCACAAGGCCAGUUUGAGGUUCAGGCCGUUCCUAGUGAUUCAAUGCCAGCAUCCUCAAGUCAGCAUAGCAGUCUAGAGAAAAUGGAUGUCACCCCACAAGGCCAGUUUGAGGUUCAGGCUGUUCCUAGUGCUUCAAUGCCGACAUCCUCAAGUCAGUCUAGCAGUCUAGAGAAAAACGUCACCACACGAAGCCAGCAGAAGGAAAGUGAAAGUCAAAUAAGAAAAAGAAAAUUAGAAGAUGUUGUAUUCAUGCAAUUUUUUGUUUUAGAUGUAACACCACGGAAAAGGAAGCUCUUAAGUGAAUUGAGAAAAACAAAGUGCACAUUGGCAUCAUUAAAAAAGAGCGCGAAACUAAUAGACAAUUUAUCGUCAGAAUUUCUAAAAGAAAUUGUCACAUCCGCGUUGAAAAAUCAAAAGCGUAAGUCACAAGUAAAUCCUGUAGAAAUGGCAAUAGAUCUAUACUUCACCGCGGGAUCGGCGCCGUGCCGCGUCGUGCUGCUAGUGGCAGCCGCUUUGGACCUACAGCUCAACCUUAAACCUCUUAAUUUGUGGGAGAGAGAACAGUUGCAAGCCGAUUUCUUAAAGUUGAAUCCUCAACACACAGUCCCUACAAUUGUGGAUGAGGGCUUCCCUCUGUGGGAGUCGCGAGCGAUAAGCAGAUAUUUAGUCAACAAGUACGGAGGAGACAGUAGCAGUCUCUAUCCAAAGGAUUUGAUGGCAAGGGCCCUCGUCGAUCAGAGACUUGACUUCGACAUUGGAACUUUGUACCCUAGAUUCGCACAAUAUUUUUAUCCUCAAGUAUUUGGCGGAGCGAAACCCGAUGCAGCAGCCCUUAAAAAAUUAGAGGAAGCGCUAGUAUUCCUCAACGCUUUCCUGGAAGGUCAGAAGUAUGUAACCGGAGACGUAUUGACUAUCGCCGAUCUCAGCCUUGUGGCUACCAUCUCUACUAUUGACGCGGCUGAAAUCAGUCUGAAGAGUUACCCUAAUGUGGAGAAAUGGUUUGAGCUCAUGAAGACAACAGCUCCAGAUUAUCAGAAUGCUAAUCAAAAAGGUAUAGAUGAAUUCAAGAAGUUGAUAGCGCAAAUGAAGGCCAAAACUGAACUUUGAGUAUUAGGUGUAAUUGUAUAGUACUUAAGUAUACCAUUAUUAUAAUAUUUAUCCUGAUUAUAUACAAUGGGACAUGCCCAGAGUUCACCAGAGUAAAUAGUAGAUUUUUUUUCAAUAAAUAAAUAAUAUAUAAUAUAUAAAAAAAUAUAUAUAAUAUAAAUAAAAAAAAUAUAAAAAAAUACAUAAAUGUGAUUGUUUUUUUGUUGUUGUUAAUAAGUAACAGAGAUAUCCGCAAACUAGCCAUUGUUUGGAUGGAAUUCAGUGUUCAAGAUCUUCACAGCGUGAAACGACACCCAUAUGCUCAUUUUAAUAAUAUCUGUGCAUUUUUCACUCACUCAGGACUUGCGCCAUUUUAUAAUUUUCUUAUUUUUUAUCGACUUUUUGGCGAGAACGCGAGGUGUGAAGUAUGUUUUAUUUCAUACAGUAGUAGAUUCUGCGAAGCACUGCUCUUACUAGAGCCGGUUUUACCAAAUUCUCUUAGGCUGAGCCCGCGAGCUCACCUACCCGUACGCGUAACGCUGAAAAAGCAUCUUAAGCUACCAGCGAAUAGGUACAGAAAAAGAAUAGAUCAGCAAUAAUUUGAUUCCUUUUUUUUUUUUCCCUAUCUAAGCUGAUAGCCUUAGAGGCUAUUUCAGCGUAACCGUGGCUAGUAGGUGAGCUCACGGGGCUCAAACCUGAUGCCGUUGCUAACACGAACCCUAGCAAGAGCCGUGCUUCGCAGAAUCUACCACCGGAUCGGAAACGCGACCCACUGAGAAGAUCCGGCGAGAAACUCAGUGGGCUGUGUCUGAGAGUUAAUUUACUCGUCGAACCCGUCGCUUGCGAACGGUGACCGGUGCUUGAAGUACCUAAAAGCACCGUUAGUGGAUCGGGAGGAUGAUUCCUUAAGGAAACGACUGUCUCACCAUAAUCGCUAAGGUAGAAAUAGGAAGCAUGGUAGUGAAUGAAAAAUGCAUUCUUCAUUAAUAAUUUUAUUUGUGCCUUAAAAACUAUAAACUUAAAAACGAAAAAAAAAAGAGCAUCAAAACCAUUCGUGACUUAAACAAACAUUGUGAACGUGAUAGUGGAAUAUUGUGAAAUUCAAUAAUACAAACGUCAACUGGAAUUUCAGAUUGGGUAUCACAUGACAAAAAACGAAACGUAUCGAUAAUAUGCGAACAGAUCAUAUUAAAUUUAUUAAUUUACUUUCAGGCAAAGGGCGACUGUUAAAUUCAACCUAAUUUAAUAAUCUAUAAUUUUAAAGAAUAUUUUUAAUUUAAGCAAAGACGUUUUAAUUCUGCCUAGUUGGUCAAGUUUAAUUCCAGCGACGUUAUUUUGAAUAAGUUUUCAUUUCGUGUUGAUAAGUGUUCACUUUUUAAGCAUGCUGUUGACAAGUCCCUUGAAUGCCUCCAGUCCUUUCUCGUUGGCCUCCUGGUAUCCAGGAGCUGUACUCUUGACCGUCUCGUACCAUCU